AUGAUUGAUAUCCUACUUCAGUCAACACAAGAAUGGCUAUCCUGUUGGUUUUUAGAAGUCAAUAAUUACCCCGAUCCGAAAACCCUUCAAGGAGAUUUGGCAAAACUCUUGGACAACAUAGAUACCAACCAGUUUACGAUCUUGGUUCUAAAGCAACGUGAUUGGUACCUUUACAAUUACAUACAAAUGAUGGUAUUGAAAACAGGCAAAAGCAUUGUUGUGAACUACUUGAUGGAGUCUCCCGAGCACCAUUUAAAGGUUUUAGCACAAUUAGUUAAACAAGUUGAUUCAAUGGAUUUGAAGAUAGGGUUUGAUCUAUCCAAGGAGCAACUUGCAUUUUUGAUGUUGAACGUGCCUGGAUUUAUAAACCAUUUGGCAGGUGGAGAACCGGUUGAGGAUGUAGAUGUCGAUGCCGUUUUUCAAGAGUUUAUAACAAGGUACCCUUCAAUAAAACUGAUUGUUUCUUCAAAUGAAUUUGCCAUUGAAUAG